UGCGAUUGAAAGCAGGAAGUGGGCGCUUUUGAUCGACGUCACACAGAAAGCCGGUGUGUUUUAUUGCAUUUCUGAAACAAAUAAGGAUCCAUGGCUGUUAAAGGAAUGAAACUGUCGAGUGUGUGUUUACUGCUUUUGUAUUUAAUAUCUACAGUACUUGGCGGGAGGGAUUUCUACAAAAUCCUGGGAGUUAGUAAAUCAGCAUCGAUUAAAGAUAUUAAGAAAGCUUACAGAAAGCUGGCAUUGCAGCUUCAUCCGGACAGAAACCAAGAUGACCCACAUGCCCAGGACAAAUUCGCAGACCUUGGAGCUGCAUACGAGGUUCUCUCAGAUCAGGAGAAAAGGAAACAGUAUGACACAUAUGGAGAGGAUGGGUUAAAGGAAGGCCAUCAUGGUUCACAUGGUGAUAUAUUCUCCAGUUUCUUUGGAGACUUCGGAUUUAUGUUCGGUGGAAACAGGCAGACAGCCAACCGAGAUAUUCCUAGGGGCAAUGACAUAAUACUGGACCUAGAAGUAACCUUAGAAGAGGUGUAUUCUGGGAAUUUUGUUGAGGUGGUACGAAACAAACCUGUAUCAAAAGAAGCUCCAGGCAAAAGAAAAUGUAAUUGUCGUCAAGAAAUGAGAACCACACAGCUAGGACCUGGUCGUUUUCAGAUGACACAGGAAGUCGUCUGUGAUGAAUGCCCCAAUAUUAAGCUUGUUAAUGAGGAGAGAACAUUAGAGGUAGAGAUCGAGCAGGGUGUGAGAGAUGAUAUGGAAUACCCUUUCAUUGGAGAAGGUGAACCUCAUAUUGAUGGUGAACCUGGAGAUCUGCGUUUCCGCAUCAAAGUCUUGAAGCAUCCUGUAUUUGAGCGCAGAGGGGAUGAUCUGUAUACAAAUGUCACCAUCUCUCUGGUAGAGGCUCUGGUUGGUUUUCAAAUGGAAAUCUCUCAUCUAGAUGGACACAAGGUAAACAUUGUGAGGGAUAAAAUCACUAAACCAGGAGCUCGUCUCCAGAAGAAGGGCGAAGGUCUGCCUAACUUUGAUAACAAUAAUAUUCGUGGAUCGCUUAUAGUCACCUUUGAUGUAGAUUUCCCCAAGGAGCAGCUUGAUGACCAGCAGAAGGAUGGUAUAAGUCAGCUUCUGAAGCAGGCAUCAUCCCAAAAGGUUUAUAAUGGACUGCAGGGAUACUGACAAACCAGCCAAGUAAAUCAGGACUGAAUUCCCUGUCCCUGACUGCCCUUUACAAACAUGCACAUUUAAAUACACUGAAGAACAAGCAAUGAGGGUGUAUUUAUUGUUUUCAGAUUGUUCUCAGGAUAGAUUGACUUCCUUUUUUUUUUUUUUAUUUCCAGCCCUUAUUUCUGUUUUUAAAGGAUUUGUUUUGUCAUGGAAAAUUAAUGGAACAGAUUUUUGUUCCAGUACAUUUUUGUCCAAAACAUUUUUACACAGUCCCUAGUUUUGUACUUGAAAUAAGCAGUUAAAGACAUUUUUCAUCAGCUUAAUUGUCAGAAACACUUAUGGAGACAACCAAUCACGGAGCAGUGUAGUGUCGAAUGACAGCUGACCUGGUAAAGUGAGAGACAGACAACACAUACAGGAGGACUGAGGCUUCAAACCAGUGGACAAUCUAAAAACCUCCCUCAGCACUGAUUCAAGACCGUGUUUUAAGAAAGAAACAGUUAUGUGAGUGUUUUGAAUUCUUCGGUGUACAUGUUUGUUUUAAAGAACAGAGUUGUCACGGUUAUUGCAGUUGCUGUUGUUUUUGUAAAGAGCAGCAUACCAUAUUUUAUUGUGUGUUGCUGAGGUUCUUGUCAGCCUGGUUCAGUUUUGUCUUCUGACUAAAGGUCUGUUUCCUGAGAGACAAUUAGCCUUCUUGGUUUUUGCUGUUACAAAAUACAUUCUCCUCUGUUUAGUUUUUCCCUCUUAUGUCAAUUUUAUGUGAUUUAUCUCAAUUUGUUUACCUCAACCUUCCCCACACCCCUCAUGUGUUUGGCCCAGUGGGUCUCUACCAACUUCUCUUUCCUUUGCUUUUUUGUGAACUGCACCAGAGAAAAAAUAACUUCUUGUGCCCAAGUGAAGGAAAUAUUUCUCAUUUUCAAAUGAAAAUUAAAAGUUUCUAAUGAAAGACGUGUAAAAUUAA